UUACCCAGUUUCCCCUAGGUUCUCUUCAAGCAGUACGUGAUCCGGUACCACACUGCCGCGCCGUUAAUAUUUUAAAAGUUUGCAAUAAUUAUGUUAAUUAGACAAUUCAUUUUAUUAAUUCAUUAAUUUAUAUAUUUAUAUUCUAAUUGACUGCAAAAAUACCUUUUAAUAAAUAUCUGUUGCACAAUUGUAUAACUAUGGCUACAACCAACUUUUUAACGGUGAAAACGCAUUUAUCGGAAUUCAAACAUUCAGACAAAGAUACGUUGAGUGAAGCUUCCGAAAGUGGAACGAGUAAUUCUGUGACGUCAGCAGAAGACCUACAGAAAUUAGCCGUGAUUCUUGGGCUAAACAGUGCUGAAGAUGUGUACCAGGAAAGAUUCCGUGUUGACCGACGUCGUCUGGAAGCAAUGCUUGCUGAUAAUUUGGAUGAAUCACAAACGGCACAAGCAUUUUUCCACCGGGUUAUGACUGAAACGAAUACUUUAAUAAAUUGGCCGGCUCGUCUCAAAAUCGGUGCACGUUCAAAAAAAGAUCCCCAUGUGAGAGUAGCUGGCCGGCCUAAUGAUGUGAAGCUGGCUCGAGAGAAAAUAAUUCAGUUAUUGGACACUAGGAAUAACCGGGUUACAAUGAAGAUCGAUGUCAGCUACACAGACCAUUCGCAUAUCAUCGGAAAGGGUGGACUUACAAUCAAGCGCGUGAUGGAGGAGACGGGCUGCCAUAUUCACUUCCCGGACUCGAACCGCACCAGCACAGUGGAGAAGAGUAACCAGGUCUCCAUUGCUGGAGACAUGGAACGCGUCGAGAGGGCGAGAGCACGAGUUCGAGCCCUGACUCCACUGGUAUUUUGCUUCGAGCUACCAAUAGUGCCAAGCUCGCAGCCGCUACCCGACAUCACCUCGCCCUACGUGCAGAACAUACAGGACCAGUAUAAUGUACAGGUAAUGCUGCGUAACCGCCCGAAGCUGCACGCUAAUCUGCUGGUGGUGAAGGGGGUGCAGUGGGAGGUGCAAGCCACCAUGGAGGCGACCAAUCUGCUCAUGAACUACAUGUGCGGACCGUUGGCAAGUCAAACCCAAGUGCAGAUGUCGUUGGAAAUAUCCCCGAUGCACCACGGAGUGGUUGUGGGUAGGGGUGCGGAACAGCUGAAGGUGAUCAUGAAAGGCACUAACACGCAGAUCAUGUUCCCUGACGCUGACGACCCUAACAUACCGGUGAUUAAGAAGAGCUGCGUCACUAUCACUGGGAAUAUCAAGGAUGUUUAUGCUGCUAGGCAGCAGUUAGUCGGUAGUCUUCCAUUGGUGGUGAUAUUCGACGUGUCAGACGAGGCGUGUCGCAUUGAGAGCGAGCUAGCGAACAAACUGAUGCACAAGUACAACGUCUACAUCAACAUACGACGCAAGCCCAAGCAGGGGAUUACAUCCGUCGUUGUUAAAGGCAUCGAGCGCUGUGCUGGUGACAUCUACGAAGCUCGCCGCGAGCUCCUCGGUGACAAAGAGCCAGUCAUCACCGCAGAGAUACCAGAGUCUUACAAUAUUCCCUCUAUAUCCGCCAACAACUUGCCCAACUUUGGCGUGUUCAACCCGUUCUCGCCAACACAUGGGGCCAACAUGGCCAACUCUCCUUGUUCACCUUUCAACCUACCACUCUCGGAAUUGGCAAACUUUGCCGGUUUGUCGCCAAUGUUUGGUCACAACCCGCCAACGCCUGGCGGGUAUCCUAGCCCGUUGUCUCCGGUAGCAUUGACUCCCCCAGUAUACCCCAACUCCUGGAUGGUGCCUUCUCCUCAGCCCAGAAGCGGACAGUUCCACUAUCCCAAUUUGAUGCCUAAUCCGAAUGGCGUUAUGUACAAGAACCAGGGUGGUUCAUGGAACCCAAUGACGAACGGAGCCGACAUCGUAGGCCUUCCUCAACAGAUGAUGAUGCAGACGCCUUACCAGCAAAUGCCAGCUGAUAACAGACCUACAACCCUGAGCCAGAUCUUGAACUCGAGCUCGCAGGCGAGCAGCGGAUACCAGAGCAACUUCACAGGCAGCUCCGUGUCGCUUGAUACUCAGAAUAUUUCUGGUGGCGGUGACGGCAGUAACGUGGUGUCUCCGUCGGUGUCCCCCAUCAGUAAGGGACACAGCAGCCACAGCCCCGCGCCCUCCACCGAUGCGGAACGCUCACAACAGGAAUUAGCGAAUAUAAUAUCAGAUCUGCCAAUAUCUGACCGGCGUGCUGUAGGCUGUGAGAAAAAGACGUUGGAGGCACUGAACAAGCUGUCCCCACUCACUGAGUAUCGAAAGAUGAAGGCUGAAGCUAGUAAGGCGAUGCGUGAAAACGUAGGCAGCGGGUACCGUGUACCCAACCAGCGCUGGUCCGGCUACUACUUCAGCCACACCUCGCCGGGUCCUAUCAACCUGACCGAUGUCAAUAACAACGAAGUUGUUACUCCGGAGAAGGGCUGGAACCGUCCGGAGCUGGUGCGUCCCAACAUAGUGGAGCAGACAGUGGUCACCCCGCCGCAGCCGGCCGCGCAGACUCCGCCGGCCGCGCCCUGUCGCUACCAGCAACUCAGCGCGUUACUACGGGACGUCGGCCUGCACAAGUACAUUGACUUGUUCAAGAAGCACGAGUUAGACAUGUCUACGUUCACGUCGCUGAACGAGGCGGACCUCGUCGAGAUCGGUGUCACCGCCUUCGGAGCUCGUAGGAAGAUGCUGCUAUUGAUAGCAGAUCUCAAAGCCAAUAAAGGCAACUACCAAGGCUCUGCUGGCAGUGAGCGCAAGAUGGUGGGAUCACCGUCUCAGUUCGCGACCCUAACUCAAGACAAGUGGUAACCAACCACUAUAAUACAAGCUACGUAUAAUGGCAAUAUUUCAGAAGGCAUAACUAUAAAAUCGCAUGUCUUUUAUUAAUUAAAAAGUAAUGGAUUAAUUAAGCAAAUGGAGAGCAGUUAUUUUUAUUUGUUUUUGAUGUUUUUUAAGCUAUUGCUGUCUGCUCAGUGAAUGUAAUAAGUAUGAGAUAAGCAAAACUUAAUUAUUAAUUAAUUAAUUAAAUGUGCCAAGUAUACGUAGCUUCCAGACUGAAGAGUUUAACUCGUAAGACUGAUUUCAUGGGUACAAAUUAGAAAUAAGAUUUCUUCGGUCGAUCCCUCAAAGAGGCUGGUAUCAAGAGGACCUCAGUGCAAUUCCUUAAGGUAGACUCUAAUCUAAUCUAAGACUGGAUGCAUUUACUAUUCUCGUAAGUUUUUAUAUGAUAUUAGAACUACCUUUGUUCUACAACUGAUUGCAAUGAGCUUGUUACGAAUUUACAAUAUCUCGUUGAUUUUUUGAGAUUUUAACAUUUAAGUUAUUGUUUAUUAAGUUUUUUAUGAUAUGGCUAAAAGCAUAGACGAUUUGAUCUCUACUCAGACAAUUGUUGAAGUAAACGGGCCAAGCGCCGUAGAAUUAGAUAUAAGUUUAUAGAAUUUUUUAAAUCGUAGUUUUAAGGAGAGCAUGUUUUAUUUUUUAACCCUUCAUUUUAGGUUUAAGUACCAGUAUAUCAGACAAUUGAUUUAUCAGAUUUAUCAGAUUCGGCUUUUAAUGUUUGAUUCAUUAAUGAGUGCAAUGGAAAAUGUUCGCAAUUGUAUGCGUGCCUUCUAAUUCCAUAUUUUGUGAAAUAUGAUUUUCAAGGACGCUGAUAGGGUCACAAUUGAGAAAUCACACUUCUAAUUACUUUAUUUUUGUUUCUACAGACCGCUAUUAUACCAGUGAGACUGGUUUAUCGAAGUGACAUUUUUCAGUUUAGAUACAAGAAUCGUUUUAAUCAUUUUCCGCACAAUCGGCAAAAAUACAAUUUGGACAGCUAAAAUUGACUUGAUUUUAUAUACGACUAAUUUCUAAACCAUUCAGCGAUAUGAAGGUGACUAUCUUAGUAAGUAUUGUGUAUCAAUGAGCGUCACCCAGCUGCAUUUUAAUCAGUUAACAUUUUAAUAAAUUCAAUCAUUAUGUGUUUGUGAUUAUGAAUUUGAGUUUUUUUACUGCAUUUUUGAUUUUAACCAUAUUAACAUGUUAAUUUAAUGUGAAUGCUUUUGUUUUAGUUUAUAAUUUUACACAGUACAGUAACAUUGUGAUACAUAACCAUUGCGAACAUCUUUUUUAUUCUUUUCUGAUACUUUACCAAGGAGUUAUGUAUCAUUAUGUCUACUUUAUAAUACUUUUAAGAUCGUUAGUUUAAUGUUUUAAUCAUGAACUUGUGAUUACGAUAUAUCUGUUUUAAAGUAUGAUUAUGAGAUGUUAGUCGACUUUUUUUAGAUUAUGGAAUAUUAAUUAAUUUGAUAAGUAUGUAUUAAAUUUUAAGAGCUAGUUUUUUAAGAUCGGUGUCAGGUUGUUUAUACGGUUUUGUUUUUGUUUUUAAAAUUCCUGAAGAGGUAGGAAUUUUUUCUCCAUUAUUUUAAGUUUUGCUUGUCUGAUUAAAGUUUGAAAGUAAACUUUGAUUUUUUAUUAAAACUCU